CGUUCCAAGCCUCGCUCUCGCUCCUGCCAUGUCUUCUCUGUAAUGCAUGUUCUAAUUUGCACAUGUGCGCCUCUCCGAUUCACAGUUUUGUAGCAGCAUGCUUUGCGUCGCGGCAGCUCGAAGUUUGAGGCACACAGCAGCUGGGCUCAAGAGCUUGCAAUCGUUGCCCCUUGGCAAAACGCUGCCCUGCGUAACUGAGCACCCAUCAGUUUUAUUCAGGCAUUUUGGCAGCAGUGCCCGUGGAGGAAGAGUGAUUCCUCACAAGUCACUGGAAGAAGAGAAGUUUGAGUUCAUUGAAUUUGAUGCUGAGAAAAAGAGAGAUGAUGACUACGAAAGGCACCUCCAAAAUGAGUGUGAGCGGCAGGCCAGAGAGGAGCAGGACACGGGGACCAAAGGAGUGGGAGAUGUGGUACAGAAGACACUGCAACAACAGGUUACAGCUCUCAAGCCUUUUUUGGAUGAACAUUUGAAAGAGAUUGAGUUCAAACAUGAACUGAUUUCAGACAUAGAAUUUAGGGAUGUCGGAUACACACCUGUUACAAAUAACAAAAAGAAACCGAACAAACAAAAAGGGGAACAUAAAAUAUUUGGACAGCCAAACCCUGACCUUCCUAUGAGUGAGAAGCAAUGCAUGGGAUGUGGUGCAUUAAUGCAUAGCUUGGAUCCAUCUAUUCCUGGCUUUGUACCUAGUGAAAAGUAUGUCCAAAUUUUAGAGGAAUCUGAAGACUUGACGGAGGAUGUUAUAUGCCAACGGUGCUUUUUACUUGUCCACCAUCAAAAGGCUCUGAACGUUUCAGUGUCACAGGAGCAGUACCGGAAUAUUGUGAGCAACAUUAAAACAAAGGAAGGACUGGUACUGUUCAUGGUGGAUAUGCUUGAUAUUCCAAAUUCUGUUUUUCCAGAUAUCCUAGAUAUUGUGGGUGUAAACAAAACUGUUAUGGUUUUAGGAAACAAAAUUGAUUUACUUCCUGGUGAUUCUAACGGGUACCUGAAGCGCAUCAAAGGCCAGCUGAAACAGUACUGUAUAAACGCAGGAAUUAAUAGAAACGGAAAAAUUACGGAUGUCCGCCUAAUAAGUGCUAAAACCGGUUAUGGUGUAGAAGAAUUGAUUACUGCUUUGCAGACUUCGUGGAAAUAUAAAGGAGAUGUAUAUUUAGUAGGAGCCACCAAUGCUGGUAAAUCAACUCUGUUUAACAGUUUGUUGCAGUCCGAUUAUAGCAAAGCAAAGGCAUCGGAAAUCAUUAAGGCAGCAACCAUUUCUCCAUGGCCAGGUACCACCUUAAAUUUGCUCAAGUUUCCUAUUGUCAAUCCCACACCUUAUCGAAUGUUUAGACGCCAUGAGAGGCUGAAGAAUGAUUCUGCUAAAUCACAGGAAGAACUCAGUGAAGAGGAGCAGAAACUUCUUAAGAGUCUUAAAAACCACAGUUAUGUUGUUGGAAGAGUAGGGAAAACAUUUAAAGUGCAGAAGAUGAAAAGAGAAGAUGUGAUGUUUGAUGCAGACUUGCUGUCUAUUAGCACAGAAGAAGAUGACAAGCCUGUUCUUUUCACCGAAGAUCCCACGAAAGACCUGCAGUUUACUAAUAACGAGCUGAAGGAUGCCCACUGGUUUUAUGAUACCCCCGGAAUUGUAAAAGAAAACUGUGUGCUCAACCAUUUGAAUGACAAAGAAGUGAAAAUUGUACUGGCAACACAUGCAAUUAUCCCUCGAACGUUUGUUCUUCAGCCUGGCAUGACUUUGUAUCUUGGAUCGUUGGCACGUAUAGAUUUUCUGCAGAGUGAGAAACCAGCAUGGUUUUCGGUUAUUGCUUCAAACCUGUUACCAGUGCAUAUUACCAGCUCCAGUAAAGCAGAUGAUAUUUACCAAAAGCACGCGGGCAAAACUCUUCUUGGUGUGCCAAUUGGAGGAGAAGAGCGAAUGAAAUCCUUUCCACCCUUAGUUCCAGAAGAUAUCAAGCUUGAAGGGAUUGGGCAAUCAGAAGCUGUUGCUGAUAUUCAGCUUUCUACUGCAGGUUGGGUUGCUGUUACUGCUCACACUGGACAACACUUAGACCUUCGCUGUUACACACCAAAAGGAACAAGUUUAAUAAUUAGGAGACCACCUCUAUUGCCAAUGAUUGUUAACAUUAAAGGAGAAAGAAUUAGGAAAACUCCUGCAUAUGAAACAAAGAAGCCGAGCUGUGUUGUAAAAAACAUUAAAUAAUUAAUUUUAUGUUUACAGAUCUGUAAUAAAAUGUGAGUAUCUACGUGUAUAAAUCAAACAUAGUUUAGCUAUA